AGAAGGAGCUGCUAGCUUGUUGCAGCCGUUAGCUCUGCUGCAGCUUUUCCCUUCCUCGGAGCAAUAAUGGCUUCGUUCAGAAACUGGAGGGAGUUCGUGCGGCAGCGGCUGGCGGCGGCCGGGGAGGAGGUUCUGUCUGCGGUGGAAGACACGGUGGUCCGGUGUGAGGAGGAGAGCCGCCUGCAGCACAAGCUGGUCCGCGUCCGGAGAGCCGAGAUGGAGGCGCGCAGAGCAGACCUCCUGCAGCAACAUGACAUUAAAGAAGAAGAGAAGAAGGUUCUGCUUGAUGAGCACCUUUCUAACGAGGAGGGGGGUUCCAGGUUGGAUGAGGAGGAACCUCAGCCUCCACAGAUUAAGGAGGAAGAGGAAGAUGCAGAGCCAACACUGGUGAAGGAGGAAGAGCAGGAGGAGCCCUGCACCAGCGUUCAAGGAGAGCAGACGAGAGAUUCCUGUCUGCAAAGUCCACCAUGCAGGGAGCAGGAACGUUCUCCAGAGUCUGUGCAGCCCGACGCCGUCAGGCAGAGGACGGGGGGGAAGCAGUGCUUCUGCAGCGUGUGUGGCAAGACCCUCAACAAGCAAGCUUUAGCUAGCCACAUGCGCAUCCACACGGGAGAGAAGCCCUUCUCCUGCCACAGCUGCGGGAAAAGCUUCCGUCACCGUCCUUCUCUGGACCUUCACCUGAAAACCCACUCCAACGAGAAGGCGCAUGUCUGCAGGACGUGCGGCAAGACGUUCAGACGGAGCGACAAGCUUCUGCUGCACGCCAGAACGCACCGCGCCGAGAAGCCGUACCUGUGCAACGUCUGCGGGAAGCGCUUCAGCGACCCGUCGGCCUUCAGGAGGCACCAGACCAUCCACACCGACGAGAAGCCGCACGCCUGCAAGACCUGCGGCCGGCGGUUCAAACACAGCAACACCCUGCUCUGCCACAAGAGGGCGCACUCGGGCGAGCGGCCGUACGUCUGCCGCCUGUGCGGGAACGGGUUCGUCAACGCGUCCAAGCUGAACCGACACGCCAAGACGCACACGGACGAGAAGCCGCACGCCUGCGAGCACUGCGGCAAGAGCUUCAUCCGCCUGCACCGGCUCAGGGAUCACCUGAGGACGCACACCGGAGAGAGGCCGUUCAGCUGCAACACCUGUGGCAAAGACUUCAGCAGCAGCUCCUCUCUGAAAGCUCACGGCAAAACCCACACGAGUGAGACCUCGCAGCCGUAAUCUAGCUGCGGUCGCUUUGCCUGUGGCUCUAAAACCUUUAAAGGUGACGUUAAAACUGGUUUAAGACCUUUAAAGGUGACGUCAAAACUGGUUUAAGACCUUUAAAGGUGACAUUAAAACUGGUUUAAAACCUUUAAAGGUGACGUUAAAACUGGUUUAAAACCUUUAAAGGUGACGUUAAAACUGGUUUAAAACCUUUAAAGGUGACGUUAAAACUGGUUUAAGACCUUUAGAGGUGACGUUAAAACUG